AUGUCUGCACCGGAUCCAAAGGAAGCCUGGGCGCGCCUCCAGACUGAGCUCUCACGACGAAGCGCAAAGUACGCAGGUUCGGGCGGGGGCGGAGGUCCAAAGGGUCUGUUUGGUUCAAUCGGUGGAUUGAUUCUUGUUGGUGGAGGAAUCUGGGCCGCGAACAAUGCCCUGUUCAACGUCGACGGAGGACAUCGCGCAAUCAAGUACACUCGACUAGGCGGAGUCCAAAAGGAAAUCUACAACGAAGGAACGCAUUUCCGGGUCCCUUGGUUCGAAACUCCUAUUACCUACGAUGUGCGCGCCAAACCCCGAAACGUCGCUUCCCUCACAGGCACCAAAGACUUGCAGAUGGUCAACAUAACCUGCCGUGUACUGUCAAGACCGCGAGUCGACGCUCUACCGCAGAUCUACAGGACACUGGGCACAGACUAUGACGAGAGGGUUUUGCCAUCAAUUGUGAAUGAGGUGCUCAAGAGUGUGGUGGCGCAAUUCAAUGCCAGUCAGCUCAUCACACAGCGUGAGAAUGUCAGUAGGCUCGUACGUGACAACUUGGUCCGGAGAGCAGCGCGAUUCAACAUUAUGCUUGAUGAUGUUUCUCUGACGCACCUCGCCUUCUCCCCCGAGUUCACCGCCGCAGUAGAAGCCAAGCAAGUCGCACAGCAAGAAGCCCAGCGCGCUGCUUUCGUCGUCGACAAGGCCCGUCAGGAGAAGCAAGCCACCGUCGUACGCGCCCAGGGUGAGGCUCGUUCCGCCGAGCUGAUUGGUGACGCCAUCAAGAAGAGCAGGAGUUAUGUCGAUCUGAGGGAGUUUGAGAACGCCAGGAAUAUCGCCCAGAUUCUGCAGCAGAGCAAUAACAAGGUCUACCUUGACAGCAGGGGCUUGGGUCUAGACAUUAGCCAGACUACGGCGGACAAGGAGCAGAGGGCGAACAGGAAGUAGACGUGAUUGAGAGUGAUUGAGGGGUGACUAGAGAAUUGGCGAGAUGACCGUUGUUCAGAAUUAAUAUACUGUACAAUUACCAUUACGAAAAGCAGGCAAGCGUGCGAGUAUGUAGCUUUCCACUCAUGACUAAAUUAAGCAUCUAAACUC